AUGAUAUAAGAUGAGGGUAUAAUAGAAUGUGUUAAUAAACACAAGGAUUGUUCGAUGUUGUUAGUUUUAGAUAAAUAAAAAUUCAAGUCUUAAGAGAGAUGGAUAUGUGCUGAUUGCUUAGAAGAACAUAGAGAUAGUUAAAAUAGAGGUUUAACAGAUGAUUUAGUAAGAAUUAAUUCUUAAAAUUAGGAAAAAAUGAGUUAAUAAGUAAACAUUUAAAGAAAAUAAAACAUAAAUGAAAUUGAUUAAUUUACUCAAUAUAUGCAAAAGCUUAAAGAGAAGUUAUUCAAAGUUAUUGAUAUAAUUAUUGUUAAUUCAAAUUAAUAAAAGUAUGAAUUGAAUAAGAAUAAUGAAGAUUUAUAUGAUGAAGAAGAAUAGAUAUAUUAGGAAGUAGAGAGAAUAAAUUAAAUAAAUAAAAUUUUUGAGAGCAAAUUAAAAAGUUCUGUAUCAAUCCUUAAAUAAAUUGUGGAUAUAAUAGAAAAAGAAACAGAUAACUUAAAGAAUGUUUUAGUUGAAUCAUAAAAUAAUGAAGAAUUCAAUUUAAGACCUUUAAAAAAAGUAUAAUUAAAUUCUCUUGCAUCUCAUAUAGAGUCUUUUAAUGAAAAGCACCCUGUAAAUAGAGAAAUAAGAUAUUAAUAAAUCUAAGAAGUUUUUUAAGAAUAAUGGUGUUUUGCACUUGCAUUUAAUAGACAAGGAUCAAUAAUGGUUGGAACCGCAAAAAAAGAUAUAAAAAUAUGGGAUUUUGAAAAAGGGAAAUUAAAAGAUUCAGGAAUCAUUUUAAAAGGACAUCAAUAGGAUGUUACUUGUAUUAUCUUUAGUAAAAAGAUAAACUGGUUUAUAACAGGAAGUAUAGAUUGCAAAAUUAUAGGAUGGAAAUAAUUAUCAAAUCCUAUUAAUUGGGAUGUAUCAUAACCUUGUGAUACAUAAUCUAUUGUAUGGUGUUUAUUAUUAAAUUAAAAUGAAAAUUAAUUAUUUUCAGGACAUGCAAAUGGAUCUAUUAAAGUUUGGAAUUUGAAUACAGAUUAGAAUAAAAUACUAUUUUACUAUUAACUUAGUAAGCAUAGCAAACAUAUUGGUUAAAUUAGUAUAAAUGAAGAUGAAACAUAAUUAGUUUCAUGCAGUGAUGAUAAAACAAUUAUAGUUUGGGAAAAAAAUAUUAAUCAAAGAAGAUUUAAGUUCAAAUAAGUCUUAGAAAAUCUAAAAAAUGAUAAUGGAUUUAGAGUUUGCUUUCUUUCAAAAAAUAUGAUUGCUUGGUGUUAAGAAAAUUAGGCUUUAGUUCAUAUAUUUUAAAAAGAAACAAAAAUGUUUGUAGAAAAGAAAGAGUUGUAAAUAAACUUAAAAUAUUUAGACUUAAAAGAUGGAUAAUCUUUAUUUCCAUCUAUUUAUAAUUAAGAAAAACAAAUUUAUAUUGUAAAGCAUAAUAAAUAUGUUUAUAUAUUGAAUUAGCAAAACUAAUUAUUUAAUACAUAGAUUGAACCUAUUGAUUGUAGAUCUUGUAAAAAUUAUGGCAAUAUUACAAAUGAUGGAAACUAUUUAGUUAUUUGGAAUGAUUCAACAUUAUCAUUUCAUGUUUACCAAUUGAUAUAUCAAUGA